UCCCCGGCGCGCUCCUGCUGCCGUGUCUUCCGUGCGGCUCUGCGCGGCCAUGGUGGACUCCCCCAGCGCCAUGAAGAAGACGUUCUCGGUGCCGGAGAUCAAGCCGCUGGACCAGUACAACCUGAACCGGGCCAAGAUCUGCGCCAACAUCCGCUGGCUGCUGUCCAAACUGUACGGCUGUGCAGAAAAUGUUCCAGUUGAGCUCCGAGACCCCCUUUACAAAGACCAGUAUGAGCAGGAGCAUCUCAAGCCCUCCGUCUCCAAGCUGCUGCUGUCCCCUGACACGUACUGCCGAGCGCAGGCCCUGCUGGCUCAGGCGCAGGGGGGCUCUCAGCCCGCAUCUCAGGGGCCCCCGGCCGACAACUCGGCUCUGCUGCAGUUCCUGGUCAAGAAAGGCCUCGCCCCGAAGGUUCAGGACGCAGGGGUCACAGAGGAAGACCUCAGCAAAAGUCCCGUCAACGUGAAAGCCCAUCUCGCCCUCGUCGACUCACUGAUGUCACUGGCAGCCAGGGAGAUGGUGGAGCGGGUAAAGAUGGCGGCGGAGGCGGAGCAAAUAGGCGUCGGGGCUCCCUGGGAGAAUGCUCUGCUCUUCUGGGUCAACAGGCUGACCCAGAAGUUGAGAGAAAUCACAGAAGGAGAAGACGAGCUCCCCAAAUCCCAGACCUGCACAGACCUGCAGCCCGUUCAGGACAGGUGUCAGUCCAACCGCUGGUACUGGAAACUAGUCCCACAUGCUAUCGCUUUUUGUUUGAAGGAGUCGGGGAAUAAGCCGCCAGUGAUCCGCUAUAAGAAGGACAAAGUCCAGUCCAAGCUCACUCCCACUUUCCCUCUGGUUUCCGCCGUCAAAGACCUCUCUAACGGCUGUGCAAUAGCUGCUGUGCUGUACUACUACUGCCCUAGCCUGCUACCUCUAGAGGAUGUGUGUCUGAAGGACACCAUGUCUGUGGCGGACAGCGUCUACAACCUGCAGCUCAUUAAGGAGUUUUGUGACAGCAACUUGCAGAGCUGCUGCCAGCUCGCUGUGGAGGACCUGCUCUACGCCCCCCCACCUCUGCAUCUGAACAUCCUCAGCCUCGUAGCUGAGCUGCUAGAGUGGUUUGAAAUGAAGAAACCAGAUUUUGUUCAGCCCAUUCAACCCGUUGACCUCACAGAUGUCUCUGGAUUGUUGGAGUGUACAAGUCCUGUCAAUGGGAACAGCAACAGUGGUUCUCCUGCUUUCAUCCUCAAACAACCUUUUGUCCCCCUGCCUUCUUCUGUAUCGUCAGAAAGUAAAAGUUGGACAAAGAAACAAAUCAGUCGUCCUCUGUCUGCAGUGACUUUCAGCAUCCCAUUUGGCCUGGACAGUGAUGUUGACAUUGUCAUGGGAAACCCAAUAGAUUCUGUGUUUCGCUCCGUCAGCACCGAUGACCUCACCGCCGGUGUCCCGGCAAUGACCUCACCGGCGGCAAUGACAGGGAUGGCCCACAUCCCAUACAGUCCGCCGGAAGACCUCAGCCACCUGGUCAGUGCUUCGGCCCCCUCACAGCGGUCUGCCUGGGGCCCUCACGCGUACACUGCACCCCUCGGGGAGCUUCCCACUAUUGAGGAAGCUCUGCAGGUGGUUCACACCCUCAACAGCAAAGAUCGGAGGAAGGGGCGAACACCCGAGAAAAAGGGGAGGUUAGGGAGCCGACAGGAGCCCAGGUUGCGUCCUGAAGGAGCCCCUGCCGGUUUUUUUCUGCAUUCCCCAGAAAAGGAAAAUCCUCAGCUGAGUAGCUCUGCUCCCUCUCGCUCAGGAGUCCCUCAUUGGUCAGCUGAUGCUGAAAAGAAAAGUGGGCGGGGCAGGUCAGGACAAAGCGGCGACAUGUCACGUGAUGACGACUCUGUUCUGCGAGAUGGCAGCAUUGAUUCCUCAGAAGCGUCUGAUGACAUUCCCAGAAAUGCUCCUGGGAACAUCCGACCCACCAGCGGUCGUCAGGGAAACCACAGUACCAACAACAGUCCACGCAUGACCAGCUUUGCGGAACAGCGAGACCAUCAAAGAAGAAAUCCUGCCGCCACCGGGGAGGACUAUGCAUCAUCUCCAAACCCAGCAACCCCUGGAACUCCGCUCACUCCUUCCACUCCGGCUGCUGUGUCUGGCCAUCAGGGCAACCAGGGUCCCAAAGGCCCAGAACCCGGCUCUGAAGCGUGGGAGCUGGCAGCCCGCCUUGAGGAAAAACGCAAAAGUAUCGAAGCACAAAAAAGACGCAUUGAAGCCAUUUUUGCCAGACACAGACAGAGACUCGGAAAGACUGCUUUCCUUCAGCUGAAAAGGGAGCAAGGAGAAGGAGAAGGAGAGACGGCGGAGGUGGAUAGUCUGACGCUGGACGAGCGUCUCACUCAUAUGGAGGAACAGUUGAAACAAGAGGAGGAGAAAGAGGACAAGGAUGUGGAGAAGGAGAAAGAAAAGCCAUCUGUUUCCAAUCCUACUCGCUUAGAGAAACAAGUAACCUUCUCCAUCGAAAGCAAGAAGGGAGCUGAGGCUGAAAAAGGAGGUGACAAACCAGGAGAGGGUGUCAUUGUGGAGUACAACGAGGUGGUGCAGAAGCUGAGUGAAGCUCUGCAGUCACUCCAGAAAGACAUGCAGAAACUUACAGAACAGCAGCAGCAGCUCCUGAGCAACCAAAGACCGAGAAACACACCCAAAUCCACGACGCGAAACAUCACCAAAACUCCUCCCAGAACCCCACCUCACACACCGACAAAGACCCCACCAAGAACCCCAACAAGGACUCCAACCAGGAGCACCAGCAAGGCUUGGGUUAUUCCUCCUGCGUCUAAAUCUGCUUCAGCGUCUUCACCCUCACGUCGCGCUCAAGUCCUCCCUUCAUCCGGCUCACCUAAAACCAUCAUCUCUUCCUCCUGUCCAGCUCCCAUCACAAAAGUUCACUCGCGUGGUACCAAACACGGCCCCCGCGCUCAGCUUCAGCCCCAGCCCCGCCCCUCUGAACUCAAGUUCCCAACACUGAACCGUGUCUUGACACCGACCCAGAAUGUGGACACUCUUCCUCACCUGAGGCGUGUUUCCCCCAGCAAGUGUCAAGUCCAGACUUCCUCUUCCUUCCGCAUCGGUGGUCCCCAGACUCCUCAGGAGUCUCCUCAGCUCCCACAGCAGCCUGACGAGAACACCUCCGACACAGCUUCAAGCGAGACACCCACCCAGUUCAGCCUGGAGUUGGAGCAGGAUGAUGCCGAGGCGGUAGGAGGGCUACCCAUCUUCCUUCAGUCCAGGCAGGAGCGCCGGAGACCAGCUGGAGGUAGCAGCUCCGGGGCUCCAUCCGAGUGUUCGUUUGAGAGUGACACUCUGUCCCUGUCUGCUGCAUUCAGUGUGGACGCAGAAGCCGCAAGAGCUGGUGUGGCUGCAGGGCAGCCAUGUGGACUGAAUGAGGCAUCCUUAUCAACUGCUGGAGGUCCAGAGGGAACCAGCGAUGAACCAACUGACGAGGGGCAAGAGUUUUCCUCCGACUCCAUGAGUGACCACACAGAAUCUGCAAGGCCACCUGUUGUAGAAAGCUCGGAUCCAGGCGAACAAAUAAGUCUAGCUACAGAUGCUCUCGAUCCGCCGCAACAGCAAACUGAGUGCAAAGAACACAAGGCCCCCACUGAAACCCUGAAGCCAAGUGGAGAUCAGGCUGAAGUGGAAACCAAAGGAGGGAUUGGCUUCUUCUUUAAGGACGAGACUCACAGUGAAGGAGAGAUGGCCCAACGCAGAGCGCUGCUGCUGGAGCGCCAACAGAAGAGGACGGAGGAGCUAAGGAAGAGGAGACAGUGGAAUGAGCAAGAGCAGGAAAUAAGAUCGGCAUCUGCAGACAGAAAUGUUGCAUCUCCGUCUUGCACGCCUCCCAGAGGCACACCCUCGCCGUCCCCAACACCUCCGGCUACACCAGCACGCCGAGGCGAUUUCACCAGAGGGGAGUAUGCACGCCGCCAUCAGCUGAAAAUAAUGGAAGAUCUGGACAAGGUUCUAAAGCAAAAGUCAACCAGUCAUGGUCGAUCAUCAGCCAAGAAGGCCCGCUCACGCCCUCGCAGCAUGACCAGAGAGGAAACAAAGCUCUCUCUGAGUCCAGCCAAAGGAGCGACUGGAUCUAAGUUGACAAAAGUUUACUCCCACUCCUCACUUAACCUCGUGGCCACGGAGGAGCCAGGGAACGCCAAGAGUGAACCCACAAAGAAUCCACAGAGCAGCUGCCUUGACUCUCCUGCUCAAAGUGCAACACAAAAGCCAACAAAUGCCAUUGAAGACAAGGAAUGUGAGUCCAACGGGACCUCCCCGGCCCCAGAAUACACAGGCCCAAAGCUCUUUAAAGAACCAAGCUUUAGGUCAAAUAAAUUCAUCAUUCACAACGCUCUCUCCCGCUGCUGCCUGGCUGGAAAGGUCAAUGAAACACAAAAGAACAAGAUCUUUGAGGAGAUGGAGAAGAGCUCGGCCAACCACUUCCUGAUCCUCUUCCGCGACUCCAGCUGUCAGUUCCGCGGCGUGUACACCAUGAACCCCGACUCCCAGGACCUUGUCAGGUUGACCGGCGUGGGCCCGCGGACGCUCUCCUCCAACCAAGUGGAGUCCAUCUACAAAUACAGCUCAGACAGGAAGCAGUUCAGCGCCAUUCCGUCAAAAACAGUGGGGAUGAGUGUGGACGCCUUCACCAUCCCCAGCCAUCUAUGGCAAGGAGGAGGAGGAGGAGGCGCAGGAGGAGGAGGAAGCCGGAGAGCCAGUAUUAACAAGAAGGUGGCUGUUGUAAAAUGAGGAGCGGAAAAUGUCACAUAAAUAGGGUUUAAAAAAAACUUUCAAACAGAGAAGUAGUAACACAUGUGCACGCAGAUAAAUUUGUGUGUCUCUGACUUUAGACCUAUUCUCCUUUAUGUUCAUAAAAAUGUUGAUCAGAGUGCAGGAGACACAGAAACGUCCCGUUAAAUGACUUUAUUCAGAAGAGUCACUCAUCCGUGUCUUAUAAAACAUUAUACUUUAAUUAUUUAAAGUACAGAUUUUUAUUUGGAGACUAAAAAUGUUUCUUUUUGGAUAGUUGUGCGCUAAAGCUUUGAUAGAAGCGCCUUUGCUGCCCCACUCGGAUUCUUUACGUUGUUUUAUACCAACAGCCAAACAAACCCGACAGGACUUUGAUUUUGUAUGAUGAAUUGUGGGUUGAAGCAUCUUUUCUUUGUUGAGUGAACGAUCUUUCUGAACAGAUAGCUAAAGUAUCUGAUGUUCGCUAAAGUUGUCAGUGGUUUUCUGAGAUGAUUUCUACAGCAUGAAUGCUUAUUUGCUGUGUGUGGUAUAAGCUAAUUUCAAACUAAUAUGAUGUGGUUUGAUGAAACUGGUGAUAUGUGAGCACUGGAGGCUUGUGAAAAUCUUUUUUGUACAAUAAACUUAUAGAAAAUGCUAAA